AUGGCGAAAAAUCUCAAAAGGCUUUCUAAAAAGGAGCGUUACUGUACAGAUUCUUUGAACAUUAUCGAGCGCAUGGUUGCAAAUUAUUCAGAUGAAACAGACAGGGACAAAUUGGACACUUGGAUGGACAGGUUAGAAUCGAUAUUUAGUCAGUAUGAGGAAAUUAGGCUUGAGAUGGAUUUAUUAGACGAUAGUGAGGUUGCGCUGAAACGCUCGGAUAGUGUUAACGUGAAUGAUGUUACGAUUGCCGGAGAUCAAAUUCAGACUUCUCGGGAGGAAUUUGAAGUAGCCUAUUUGAGAUUAAAGGCUUUUCUCCAAUCAGAAAUGCGGAAACGCUCGUGUGCCUCCGACCAAGCAAAUGUUAGCCAUGCUGAGCAGGCACCCAUAUCCCAACCAGCUCAAUUGCGAGUGAAACUGCCGGAGAUUAGACUUCCUCUUUUCGAUGGGUCUGUUAAGGAAUGGCCAACUUUUAGAGAUUCAUUCAAGUCAUUGAUCGAUUCCGCUCCUCAACUCAGCAGCAUAGAUAAAUUUUCAUAUUUAAUUUCGGCGCUUUCCAAGGAAGCUAAACGUGUGGUUGAGGUUAUCGAUGUGACGUCAGAAAAUUAUUAUGUGGCUUGGGAGAUGCUUCAAAGACGGUACGAGAACAAAUAUUUGAUCGUUAAGUCCUACGUCGAUUCCCUGUUUGCGGUAGAGCCUAUGAAAAAAGAGUGUCACAAAUCACUGAACCAUCUUAUCGACGAAUAUGAGAGAAAUUUGAUGAUGCUAGAAAGGGUAGGAGAAGAAACGGAAAAUUGGAGUACAUUGCUAAUUUUUAUGUUGAGCUCACGACUCGAUCCAGUUACCAUGCGUCAUUGGGAAUCUCACCGCAAAUCAACAAAUGUCCCAACCUACUACGAACUGACUGAUUUUUUGCGUAGUCAUAGUCUUGUUCUACAAUCUGUCGCGGCGUCCAAAACUCGCACGGUUGAUACUCCUCGAUCAUUUUCCUCUUCACUUCGAAGCACAUUUACUAAAUUGAACUCCGCUCAUCCUGCAAUCUCGCCUCCUCAAAAGACCUGUCCAUUCUGCAAACAUUAUUUCCAUUCUUCAUUUAAUUGUGAAGCAUUUCGCAAGAUGACGGCAAUCCAACGAUUCGAAGCUGCAAAAAAGAACGCAUUAUGCAUAAACUGUCUUUCGCCGGCGCAUCUAGUGAGAAACUGCACAAGUGGAGCCUGUCGUGUGUGCAACCAGAAACACCAUACAAUGCUGCAUCAACGGACUAAUUCGUCAAAUAGCCAAAUUAACCAUACCCAGCCUAACAAACCCUCUUUGUCCGGAAUGCAACCAUCUCCUUCGUCAUCCACUCCGACCAAGCUCUCAAUACCUUCGCAGUCACGCAACCUGCCACAAUCUACUGAGAACCAAGUCCCCACAGUCUCCGCUCUCUCAACCAACCACUUGUCGUCACCUCCCGACAUUAUUCGUGGACAACUUCCUUCGACUGUGUUACUCUCGACGGCGCUCGUGAAAGUGUUUGACUCCUGCGGAAGGUUUAUCUGGGCCCGUGCUCUUCUCGACUCAGGAUCGCAACUAAAUUUCGUAUCGGAGCAACUGAUCCAGAAAUUAGGACUCAAACGUGUACGAGAAUUUGUUCCAAUCAGCGGCGUUGGACUCUCGUCUACAGCAUCCAAACAUUCUACUAUCGUUCGCCUUCAGUCCCAUCGCGCUGAUUUCGAAGCAUGCUGGAAAUUCCACGUACUUUCAAAAAUUACAAUGGAACUACCAUCCCAAGCAGUUGACAUGUCCCGACUGAACUGGCCACUUAACAUCGUCUUAGCAGACCCAACUUUCCAUCAACCCGGUCCUAUCGAUCUAAUAUUUGGAGUGGAAAAUUUCUACGAUCUGUUGCGGGAGGGACAGAUCAAAAAUAGUCAUGAGGAACCUCUAUUGCAGAGUACCGCUCUUGGGUGGGUGGUGUCAGGCCGAGUCAACGUAGUUGCUUUACCGUCGUUCACAGCUUCGCACAUAUGUGUAGUACACCGUCAUUAG